AUGGAUUUGGGCAGGAGGAACCCCCAAGCCAACGCUCUCAGCCCUUGUUUCCCCCCCGCAAGAUUUGUCCUUCCCAAAGCUUGGGCGGAUGGAGGAGGAGGCUGCCAGGAAGAGGAAAAAGCCGCAGGCCCCCCAGGCAGGCCCCGAGCCGAGGACGGAGAGCACGGAGGACAAAUCCCCCCGGCAGAGCCUGGUGGGAGAGGCCGUUUUGAAGGGCUCCCUGGGGCAGGAAGGCAGCGGGGAGGAAAAGGCCUGGAGAUGCCCCCAGAGGACGGGCUGCAAAGCCAGCCCAGGGAGCUCUGAGGAGGAAAGACCCGUCCUGUGCCGGGAAGGCGGCUGGAGCUUGAGCCGGAGCUCCGAGCUGGUGGUCCCUGAGCAGCCUCCCAGCAGGGAGAAGCCCUUCAGGUGCUUGGAAUGUGGGAAGAGCUUCAGGCAGAGCAACCACCUCCUCAGCCACCAGCACAUCCACACUGGGGAACGCCCCUACAUGUGUGGGGAAUGUGGGAAGAGCUUCAGUGACAGCUCCACCCUCCGCAACCACUGUCGCAUCCACACUGGGGAACGGCCCUACAAGUGUGGGGAAUGUGGGAAGAGCUUCAGGCAGAACUCCAACCUCCGCAACCACCAGGUCAUCCACACUGGGGAACGGCCCUACAAGUGCUUGGAAUGUGGGAAGAGUUUUCCGACCAGCUCAGAUCUCCUCAGGCAUGAGCAGACACACACAGGGGAGAGGCCCUUCCUCUGCACCGAUUGCGGGAAGGGCUUCAAGCUUAACUUCCACCUCGUCAGGCACCGGCACAUUCACACCAGGGAGAGACCCUACAAGUGUGGGGAGUGUGGGAAGAGCUUCACCCGGAGCUCUGCUUUGACCAGACACCAAUGGACCCACCGGUAAGGGAAGCCCUAGGAGUGCCCCAACUGCGGGAAGAGCUUCGGCCACUGCUCCUACCCUGAAUGCCCCCACAAUGGUGAGGCAACCCCUGGAGUCCAGUGACUGUCAGUCCAUCCCUUUCUACCAGAAAGGGCCAGUCCCCUUUGCCAGGGGCAGGUUGUGCCAACAGAACCCUUCUUGGGGGGUGUGUGGAGAUUCCUGCCUUGACUGGGGAACCCCCAAGGUCACUACUGGAGGUUGAGGGCAGAGAUCUCCCCACGAGCAUUGUUCUGGGGGAGUUCCAUCCAUCUCUAAUAAAUAAUUCUUGCUUUUGUGCCACCUUGAGUAGAACUGCUUCAACAAUUGCUUUAGUGUAGAGCACUGUCCUAUCUUAUGCUGUCCUACUGGUAGUUUUAGUGUUUCUAUUGUGGAGUAAAUAAUUCCGAUGAAAAUCUUUUGUCAGAUCAUUUGUAACCCUAAAUAAUUAAUUUCUAUCAAUAGAUUUUAUUUACCAUCAUUAAAGCUUUGGGGGA